AAGUUGUCAGAGGAGCAGAACUGGGGGCAGCUGUACCACUGACCUGAAACUCGCCAUCCGUGACCUGCUGGACAACUGGGAAGACUCGUCCUGCUCCCAGGGUGACCAGAACUCCCAGGGUCUGCACCGGAGCUGCAAGGAAAUUAAAUCCACUCAGGACGGAGCUGGAGAUGGGAUUUACACCCUGCGCACCAUGGAUGGCGAGACCUACCAGACCUUCUGCGACAUGACCACCAAUGGGGGCGGCUGGACCCUGGUGGCCAGCGUGCACGAGAACAACAUCUACGGGAAGUGCACGGAGGGCGACCGCUGGUCCAGCCAGCAGGGGAGCAACGCCAACUACCCCGAGGGAGACGGCAACUGGGCCAAUUACAACACCUUCGGCUCCGCGGUGGGCGCCACCAGCGACGACUACAAGAACCCUGGUUAUUAUGACCUGCAAGCCCAGGCCCUGUCCGUGUGGCACGUAACCAACAAGGCGGCCCUGGCGGAAUGGAAGAGCAAGUCCAUCCUGCGGUACCACACCGAGACGGGCUUCCUGUCCACAGAAGGAGGGAACCUCUUUAAACUCUACCAGAAAUACCCCGUGAAAUAUGGCGCCGGCAGCUGCAAAACCAACAAUGGCCCCUUCGUGCCCAUCGUCUAUGACCACGGUGAUGCCCAGCAAACAGCCAAGUACUACUCACCAAGUACCCAAAGUGAAUUUGUUGCCGGCCAUGUUCAGUUCCGCGUGUUUAAUCAUGAGAAGGCGGCCAUGGCUCUGUGUUCGGGGAUUAAAGUCACAGGCUGUAACACCGAACAUUACUGCAUAGGUGGAGGAGGGUUCUUCCCAGAAGGGAACCCAGUGCAGUGCGGCGAUUUCACUGCCUUUGCCUGGGACGGCUACGGAACCCAUCAGGGCUAUAGCGUAUCUAAGGAGAUGCUUGAAUCCGCAGUGCUGCUCUUCUACCGCUAAGUCUGGAAAGGCCGACGUGCCCCAGUGAAGGACGCUGCUUCCUUCCAGCCAGAGCUGCUCCCUGGCAGGUGACUUAUGGCCUCAGCUUGAACAUCUGUGUAGCAAAUAAAGAAAUUGAAGUGGG